UGAUUUUUAAUUGGGUUAAACCCACUGAUUUCAGCAACACAACCCCAACCACCUCGAUUCGCCCCGCCUCCGCCUGUGCCCCACACCCCGAAGCUCGCCGCCGACUCAACCUCUCUCUCCACCUUCUCGAUAACUUCCUUGAUCACCUCCUCCGCUUCCUCCCCGACCUUUUUCAGUUUCUUCCUCAAUCCUAUGUCCCCCGUCAUCGACGGCAACUCCGCCGCCUUCAGCGUCAUUGUCGUUAGUUUUCAAUUCGACCUAUUGUUCUCCGAUUUAUUCGUACUCAGCAUUUUCGUUAGUCUUCCUUGCUUCCCAAAGAAAUGGUUUUGCAAUUUGCAUUGAUCCAGUUUCUUAAUUCUUAUUCUUUGUGUGUAUAUGUCUUUUGUUCGUAUAUUAUUUAUGUAAAGAAACUACUAUUUGGACGUAAUUCUUUUCACGAAACUGCUAUCAUUCUGUAUUGGUCAAUGAUUAGAGUUUCUAUUUAACAAUCUAAUUUCAUCUGGAAAUGAAAAGGGGGAAGAAUGAAGGAAAAUGGGCCGGGCCGGGUUUGGGUAUAGCUUGACCCAUAUUCGAUCCGACGCGUUUCAAUCCACUUACUAUUGAUCCGUAUUCGACCCACCCACAUUCAACCCACAACCUGUAAAAACCCGACCAAACCCGCCCAUUUGCUAUAAGUACAAUUCUCGCUAAAGCAGCAUGAACUUGCUUACGUUGAUCAAUUAACUGAUUUUUUGAAGAAACUCUCGGGAGUUUUGUCAAUCUUUGUCGUUCACUCAUCAAUGAAAUUUGGAGCAUUAAUCUUUGAGACCGAGUUAGCAAUUUUGACUGCGUAAUCUUUCUUCACUUUCAGGUUUCAAUCACUGUGGCCACUUUCCAUAUGUAGUUGUUCGGUCAAAACUCAAAUUCCAAGGGUUCCUUUGCUCGUGUGGUUUAGAAACUUAAUGCAACUGUACUAGAAUCAAUUUUGCAUAAUACUUAUCUGAAAAGUAUUUAUGACAAAAAAGAGUCUUUUACACUUGUGGCUAGAAGGAUUUUCAAGAAUAAAUAGAGGGUUAUUUCCCAAAAACAAAAUCUAGAAAAAACCAGAUUAAUUAAAGUAGCUGGAAGACUAAUUCUAUAACAGCAAUCAAAGAGGGAUCAAUGUCAACGACAUAGAUUAUUGAUGGCUGGGAAAAUGGUUGUCUUGACGAUCAGAGGGCUGGAAGAUAUGUUUGCACCUUUAUUGCAGAAGUGGGUUGGCAUAGUAAGAUUGAAGAAAGUACAUGCCCAAAUUGUCAAGUUCUCACUGGCACAAAGCAGCUUCUUGAUGACAAAAAUGGUGGAUAUAUGUGAUAAGAAUGGAGAAAUAGAGUAUGCAACUUUGCUCUUCAAACAGGUGGUUGAGCCAAAUAGUUACUUGUACAAUGCCAUGAUUAGAGCUUAUACUCAUAGCCACUUGUAUAUAUCCACAAUCAAUGUUUACAAGCAGAUGUUAAGAGACGGAGACCCACAAGGUAAAGACCCGAUUUUUCCUGACAAAUUCACGUACCCAUUUGUGAUCAAGUCCUGUGGAGGUCUUUUGUGUCUUGACCUGGGUAAGCAAGUUCAUGUGCACGCUUGUAAAUUUGGGUGGAAGUCCAAUACGGUGAUUGAAAAUUCAUUGUUGGAUAUGUAUAUAAGGUGUGACAAUUUAAGUGAUGCACACAAGAUGUUUGAGGAAAUGAGCGGGAGGGAUGUAAUAUCAUGGAACAGUCUCAUUACUGGGCAUAUUAAAUUGGGCCAGGUGAGAAGAGCUAGAGCAAUGUUUGAGGAGAUGCCAGAGAAGACAAUCGUCACUUGGACGGCAAUGAUUUCUGGGUAUACGCGAAAUGGGUUUGAUGCCGAGGCAUUGGAUGUUUUCCGGAGAAUGCAAAUGGAAGGAGUUGAGCCUGAUUGGGUCAGCUUGAUUGCAGUUUUGCCGGCAUGUGCACAGUUGGGAGCUCUUGAGCUUGGGAAAUGGAUUCACUUCUAUGCAGAGAAAAAUGGGUUUUUGCACAUAACCUGUCUUUGUAAUUCUCUGAUUGAAAUGUAUGCAAAAUGUGGAAGCGUAAGCCAAGCGUGGCAGCUGUUUGAUGAAAUGCUAGAAAGAGACGUGAUCUCUUGGAGUACAAUGAUUGGAGGAUUAGCAAAUCAUGGAAAAGCUCGUGAAGCAAUUGUGCUAUUUCAAGAGAUGCAGAGGGCAAAAGUUGAACCAAAUGAGAUCACUUUUGUUGGACUUUUAUCAGCUUGCACACAUGCAGGAUUUUUGGACGAGGGAUUAAAGUACUUUGAUUCUAUGAGAAAAGAUUAUAACAUAGAGCCAGGGAUUGAACACUAUGGUUGUUUGGUUGAUCUCCUUGGUCGAGCAGGGCACAUUGAUCGAGCACUUGAAACCAUAAAGAACAUGCCAAUGGAACCCGAUUCAGCGAUUUGGGGUUCUCUGUUGAGUUGUUGUAGAACUCAUAGUGAUCUUGAAGUAGCUGUUAUAGCAAUGGAGCAACUUCUAGAGCUUGAACCUGAUGAUGCAGGGAACUUUGUCUUGCUUUCGAACAUAUACGCAAAACUUGGGAGAUGGAAUGGCGUGUCGAGGAUGAGGAAACUCAUGAGAAGUAAGAGCAUGAAGAAGACUCCAGGGGGCAGUGUGAUAGAGGUCAACAAUGUGGCUGAAAAAUUUACGUCAGGAGAUCGUUGUAAUCCAUAUACAGAGGUUAUCUACUGGAUUCUAGAGCUGCUGGCUUUGCACCAAAGCGGAUAUGGCAAUGUGCUUGAAACUCUGUUGGAGGAUGCAAGUGAAAGUAUAUGACCGCGGGAAAGUAAUGGUCACUUGGAAAAGAAUCAGACACGCAUCUAACCGUUCCAGAGAGAUGGCAGAGGAGGUUGUAGGACAAGAUGCGAUCACAAGAGAAUUCAACAGGUGGUUGAAUGCAGUGAUUGUUUUCAUCUCUGGGAUCAUUAUAGGCUGGCGUGGAAUGAAGCUCGAAUGGUAUUUGUCCAAAGACUAAUCCAGGGUCUGAAUCUGGAACUUGAGUUGCUUGAGCUGAUUUUGGCAUACAACUGUCAGUCAGUUAUUGCAUUGACUUGUGUCGUAGACUUGUAUGCCCUCCAGAGGGCUCAGUUGUAUCUACCAUACGGUAGUCUCAUCAGAUACCGAUUGGGCAUGUGGCAUUCAUCUUGACUUGCGUCGGAGACUUGCACGCCCUCCGGAGGGCUCAGUUGUAUCUUCCUUAGGGUAGUCUCAUCAGAUACCGAUUGGGCAUGUGGCAUUCAACUUCCGGAGGCGCACGCGAUUUUGGUCUUGAUUGCCAGUGUAAACAGAUCAUUUUUUUUUUGGUCUAGAUAUUGGACUUGAUAAUAUCUCAUUUGAUAUGAAUUUAAGCAACAUGUAGAUAAAGUUAACAAGUUAUCUGAUGCUUCAUUUGAAGCUGUAAAGAUUGUAACGUCCUUGGAUUUAUGGCUUGUUUUGAGAAAUGUAGUGUACAAGGAAAUGAAAAUUUUCUUUUUGAAAAGCUGACGAUCUAGGAUAUCAAAUAACUCGGGUAGCCAAAUAUAAAAUUGAAUGUUUCAUA